AUGGCCGCCCCACCAACCCCCAGCCAGGCACUUGCACCGAGCACUCAUCAAAUGUCCGUUACCGAGAAGCUAGAUCUUCCACUGGGGCUGGCCUCCCUCCUGGGAACUGCCAUCUACACUGCUGUAACUUCGCCGUUUCGUGGGGAUUCUGGAGCAUAUUACUUCGGCCAACACGUCAGCAAUGCCGUGAUUCGGAAGCUUGUCCGGAGGUUCAGCACCCUACAAUUGCAGUACAUUGGCCAGCCCUUUGGCAAGAUCUACGAAAAAUGGUCUCAGCAAAACAAUCUCCCGACAGAGACUUUCCAGCUAAAAUCUGGAGUCAAAGCAUUCUGGCUGGGUGAUCACAAGGCCGCCAAAUACAUUGUUAUCUACUCCCACGGUGGAGGCUUCUCUCUCGACGGUGACGACACCCAUAUCAGAUUUUGGAACACCGUGCAAGAUGGACUCAAGUCAAGCAACAUCCCUAUCGCUACCUUGUUCCUGGAGUAUACCCUGGUGCCACACGCUACUUACCCAACCCAGAUCUCCGAGGCUGUCGAGGCUGUGAAUUAUGUGCUGGCAGAUCUAAAACGGCCAGCUUCAGACAUCAUACUCGCUGGGGACUCUGCUGGUGGAAACAUGGCUCUAGCCAUUUUGUCUCAUCUAACUCAUCCUUCUCCUGACCUUCCCCCAAUCACUCUCUCCCCAGGGGACAAACUCAAAGCACUUGUCCUCAUUGGCCCCUGGACUUCGUUCAGGACAGAUUUCCCUAGCGCCACACGUAAUGGAUUCAGGGACCUCGUCACCGUCGAGGGCGGUAGCGCUUGGAGCAAAGAUUACCUAGGAGGGAAAGAGACGGGUCCGUAUGCCGAAGCGCUACUCGCCCCAGAGGACUGGUGGAGAGAUGCAAAGGUCGAGCAACUCCUCGCUGUUGCUGGGGCCGAUGAGCUUCUCAUCGACCCGAUUAACGAAUGGUUUGCCAAAUAUAAGGCGGCGAAUCCUACCUCCUCGACCCUGGUGGUGGCCCCACACGAAACGCAUAUACAACCCAUCAUUGCCCUGCGCUUUGGCGACACUACUGAAACAGAGCAAGGCAAAGCCAUCAAAUCAUGGUUGAAAUCAAAGCUCUAG